AUGAAUGCAGCUUUUAAAGAACUGCGAAACCUGCCCGCCCCCGCCAAAAUCAACCUGUUUUUGCACAUCACAGGCCGCCGCGCCGAUGGCUACCACUCGAUUGAAUCCGUCUUUCAGCUCAUUGACUGGCAAGACACCGUCCACCUGAGCUUGCGCGAAGACGGACAGAUCUCUCGCGAAGAUCUAGCUUCUUGCGCAGGAGCAGAACUCCCCCCAGACGACCUCUGCAUUCGAGCCGCCCGAGCCCUGCAACAAGCCACGGGCUGCACCUUAGGCGCACACAUCCAACUUGAAAAGCGCAUCCCUGCUCAAGCGGGCAUGGGCGGCGGCUCAUCCGAUGCGGCGACAUGUCUGUUGGGCCUUAAUCGCCUAUGGCAUCUUAAUCAGCCGCUCUCAACAUUAGAGCAAAUUGGCCUCUUUCUAGGCGCUGAUGUACCCUUCUUUCUGCGCGGCAGGAACGCCUGGGUCAGCGGCAUCGGUGAGCAGAUCGAGCCCCUCCGCGAUGGCAUCCUGCCUACCAGUCAGACAUUGGCCAUCAUCAAGCCAAAAAACGGCUUAUCGACAGCAGCGAUUUUUGGUCACGAAGCCUUGAAGCGCGAUACGCCACAUGCUACACUCGCGGUCUUUGCUGAGAAUCCUUACGGCUUUGGCCGCAAUGAUCUUCAGACUGUUGGCGAACUUAUCGAGCCGCAAGUGUGUCAAGCUCUUGCGGUUUUAGAGAAGCAGGGCUUGAAGCCGCGCAUGACAGGCUCUGGCAGCGCGGUGUUUGCGUGUUGUCCGGCUGAUUUCCAGCUCGACGCAAGCUCAAACCCGCUGGGCUGGCAGCAAAAGGUUUGCAAGACACUCGCUGAGCAUCCAUUGGCUGGCUGGGCCGUUUAG